UGGCCUUUACCCAUAGACACAGACACAUACAGUUGAAAUGACAUAAAUAAUGCAAGUCCAUUAAUUUCAAUACUGUUGGUAGUACGGUAUUUACUCCCCACUUCCGGCAGUACCCCGGCUAUAUAAAUGGCAAAUUUAUCCUCUUUUCUAAUUACACUUAUUUCUUCGUUUUUAUUUUCUUCUAUUGUAUUUAGUUCUGCAGAGAAAAAGCCAAGUGCAACACCUCACCAUAUAAAACGACUCACUGCCUCGUCGUUAUUCACAACUGCCUUAGUCUCGAUCUGCGCUUCUCUCUCCCUCUCUUUUUCUGUUUUUCUUUCUUAAAGUCAAUCCAAAAGCACCAAAUUAUUUUUAGUUUGGGUCGGUGAAAUUAGCCCUAAUUUUUGUGUUUCUUUAUCUUCUUUUUGUUGAAUUUGUUUUUAAUCGAUCUGCUAGGUUUUUUCUCUUUUUUUUUUUGUUUUUUGAUUUCUUUUUUGUUUGAUCGAAGAGAGGGAUAGAAAGGAGGGAAAGGGAAGGAAUAAAUGUCUUCGUUAAGUAGAGAACUGGUAUUUCUCAUACUUCAGUUCCUUGAAGAAGAGAAAUUCAAAGAAACUGUUCACAGAUUGGAGAAAGAGUCAGGAUUUUUCUUCAAUAUGCGAUAUUUUGAGGAUUGUGUAAUCAAUGGGGAAUGGGAUGAAGUCGAGAAGUACUUGUCUGGAUACACAAAAGUUGAUGAUAAUCGUUACUCUAUGAAAAUUUUCUUCGAGAUUCGAAAGCAAAAGUACCUUGAAGCCCUCGACAAGCGUGAUCAUGGUACAGCUGUGGAGAUUCUUGUGAAAGAUUUGAAAGUGUUUUCGACUUUCAAUGAAGAUCUUUUUAAGGAAAUUACAUUGCUAUUGACUUUGGCAAACUUUAGGGAGAAUGAGCAGCUAUCCAAGUAUGGAGAUACCAAGUCAGCUAGGGCUAUAAUGCUUGUUGAGCUCAAAAAAUUGAUUGAGGCAAAUCCACUUUUCCGUGAUAAGCUUCAAUUCCCCACUUUAAAGAGUUCUAGGUUGAGGACACUAAUCAAUCAGAGUUUAAAUUGGCAGCACCAACUUUGCAAGAAUCCGAAGCCUAACCCCGACAUAAAAACCCUUUUUGUAGACCAUGCUUGUGGUACUCCAAAUGGUUCUCGUGCUCCUUCACCUGUAACCAAUCCUUUAAUGGGGUCCAUCCCUAAAGUUGGCAGUUUUCCUCCAAUAGGUGCACAUGGUCCUUUUCAACCUGCAGCAGCUCCAGCCCCGGCACCACUUACGGCAUCUCUUUUAGGAUGGAUGGCUAAUCCAUCUUCUGUGGCACAUCAAUCCCUUUCUGCUGGCCCUAUUGGUUUAUCUGCAUCUAGUAAUGCAGCUUCUAUGGUAAAGCGCCCUAGGACUCCUCCAACUAACAACCUGGCAAUGGACUAUCAAACUGCAGAUUCUGAGAAUGUAUUGAAGAGACCAAGACCCUUUGGAAUAUCUGAAGAGAUGAAUAAUCUACCAGUGAAUAUUUUACCAGUCAGAUACCCUGGCCAGAGCCAUGUUCAUACGUUAUACUCUUCUGAAGAUUUGCCCAAGAAUGUCUUCUCUGAUUUAAAACAAGGUUCAACUGUUAAGAGUAUGGAUUUCCAUCCUGUGCAGCAGACUUUACUUCUUGUUGGAACAAACAUUGGAGAUAUUACAAUCUGGGAGGUAGGGAGCCGAGAGAGGCUUGUUUCUAGAAACUUCAAGGUUUGGGAUCUUGGUGCACGCUCAGUGACCUUGCAGGCAUCCUUGGCUAGUGAGUAUUCUGCUGCAGUGAAUCAGGUUAUCUGGAAUCGAGAUGGUGCCCUUUUGGGUGUUGCUUAUUCCAAGCAUAUUGUGCAGAUAUAUUCAUAUCAUGGCAGUGAUGAUUUAAGGAAUCAUCUGGAGAUUGAAGCUCAUGUGGGUAAUGUUAGUGAUCUUGCUUUCUCUCAACCAAACAAACAGUUGUGUGUCAUAACUUGUGGAGAGGACAGGACAAUUAAGGUGUGGGAUGCUGUUAAUGGAAAUAAGCAGUACACUUUUGAGGGUCAUGAAGCCCCUGUUUAUUCGGUGUGCCCACAUCAUAAGGAAAACAUUCAGUUCAUCUUUUCCACAGCCAUUGAUGGAAAAAUAAAAGCUUGGUUGUAUGAUAACACGGGUUCAAGACUUGAUUAUGAUGCUCCUGGUCAUUCCUGCACAACAAUGGCUUACAGUGCUGAUGGGGCCAGGUUAUUCUCAUGUGGGACUAAUAAAGAGGGGGAGUCACACAUUGUUGAGUGGAAUGAAAGUGAGGGUGCGGUCAAACGGACAUAUCUGGGUCUUGGAAAGCGGUCAGUGGGGGUUGUGCAGUUUGAUACAACAAGAAAUCGAUUCUUAGCUGCUGGUGAUGAGUUCCAAAUCAAAUUUUGGGACAUGGACAAUGUUAGCCUCUUGGCAGCCAUUAAUGCUGAUGGUGGAUUGCCGGCUUCUCCUUGCUUACGUUUUAAUAAAGACGGAAUUCUGCUUGCUGUCUCAACAAAUGAUAAUGGAAUCAAAAUACUUGCAAAUGCCGAUGGUACUCGGCUGUUGCACUCCAUUGUAAAUCGUGCACUUGAUCAUGCUCUUGAUCCCUCUAGAGCUGCUUCUGCAGUUGUGGCAAAGGGACCCAUAAUUGGCACAUAUGGUGCUUCGAGUUCAACUACUGGAACAAGCAUUGGUAUUGCAGAUAGAAGUGCACCAAUGACAGCAAUUUUUGGAAUGAAUGGGGACAGUCGUACUUUGCCAGAUGUGAAACCAAGAGUGGCUGAUGAGUCGGAGAAAUCUAAGAUCUGGAAGCUGACUGAGAUGAAUGAACCAUCUCAGCUCCGUUCCUUGCAUCUUCCCGACAGCUUGAUGCCAAUUAGGGUUGUUAGAAUGAUAUAUACAAAUUCAGGAGGUGCCAUACUGGCAUUGACAGAUAAUGCUGUACACAAAUUGUGGAAAUGGCAGAAGAAUGAGCGCAAUCUUACUGGAAAGGCAACUAGUGCUUUACCACCACAGUUAUGGCAACCUUCUAGUGGAAUAUUGAUGACCAAUGAUCUACGUGAGACAAACCAAGAAGAUGCUGUUCCAUGCUUUGCUCUCUCUAAGAAUGAUUCUUAUGUCAUGUCAGCAUCAGGGGGUAAAAUUUCCUUGUUUAACAUGAUGACAUUCAAGACAAUGACAACAUUCAUGGCUCCACCACCUGCUGCAACUUUUCUUGCCUUCCAUCCCCAGGACAACAACGUUAUUGCCAUUGGCAUGGAUGACUCUUCAAUUCAAAUCUACAAUGUCCGGCUUGACGAGGUCAAAACCAAGCUGAGAGGUCAUCAGAAGAGAGUUACCGGUCUUGCAUUUUCUAAUGUUUUAAACGUUUUGGUAUCUUCUGGAGCUGAUGCACAGCUAUGCGUGUGGAGCAUGGAUGGAUGGGAAAAGCAGGCUAGCAAAUUCUUGCAGUUUCCUAGUGUUCAUAUGCCAAACCCUCUUGGACAGACCCGAGUUCAAUUUCACCAAGACCAGAUACAUGUACUUGCUGUCCACGGAACACAGAUAGCCAUAUAUGAAGCUCCAAAAUUAGAGUGCCUUAAGCAGUGGAUUCCCAGAGAAUCAAGUCGCUCAAUAACAGAUGCUGUGUAUUCAUGUGAUAGCCACACCAUCUAUGCAAGCUUUGAGGAUGCAAGUGUGUGUAUUCUUACUUCCACAACCCUGCAGCUCAGGUGUCGAAUUAAUCCUGGAGCCUAUCUACCUUCAAAUCCUAGUGCUCGGGUAUAUCCAGUAGUAGUUGCAGCACAUCCAUCUGAACCUAAUCAGUUUGCACUUGGACUAAGUGAUGGCGGAGUGCAUGUUUUGGAGCCACCAGAAGAGGGAAAGUGGGGUUCCUCCCUGACACUUGAAAAUGGUGCUGGACCUACCAUUUCUUCUGCAGCUGCAUCCGAUCAACAGCCAAGGUAGCUAUAGUUUUUCGUGGUUACAACUGAAGAAAGAGCGUCCCAAUUUCAGGCCCCAUUUUUAUUUUAGGGGGAGCAGUGGGUUUUGGAUUUCUAGCUUUAGGAUACACAGGUAUGCAUUAGUGAAACGUCCAUUAAUUUUUGUGGGUUUUAGACUUUGGGGUAUUCCCUCCGUAAAUAGAAGCAAAUAGGUACAAAAAUGUUGAAUAUAAUAGUAAUAAAAUAGUUAGGAGGGGAGGAAAUUAGUCAUUAGCACUUGAGUUUUCACAGAAUAAUUACCUAGUAUGAUGAUUCAGGUUUCUACAGAUUCUGGUCUCAUAGGAAAUUAUCUGAUCAUUGUUUGUGUUGUUUAAUUUUUGUUAUUAGAAUCAAGUAACUCAGCUAGCUAUCUGUUCUCUAUAAUCUCUUCCGCAAAAAUUUUUAAUGGCUCAAAGAUGGACUUGGUUAUAUUUUUUUCAAGUUCGAAUCACCGGGAACGGAAGCAUGUCUCGAUCAAUUAGUAGGUUUUGUUUUCCAAUUGUAAGACACUUUCGUCUUAUCCCACCCAAUUGUUGGAUUUUGCUUCGUGUUUUAACCAAAGAUUGUGAGUGAGGCUGAAGUGAUAAUCUGUUAACCCUUAUUGCCCGCAAGUUUUUAAGUGGGUCUCGCUUGGAUAACAUAUAAAUCAAUAGUCCAACUGCAUGGUAAGUGUAACCAUUCAUAUGUGUCGAUGGUCAAU